AACGACUUCCAGAACAUACCACCACUAAAAUUUAGCAACUUUCCUUUUUCUUCCUCCCAAAGAAACCCAAAGAAAAUUUCGAAUGGUCCUCCGGUUUUGUCUCCUCUAUGCGCAUUAAGAAAGAGAGAAGAAGUUGCAGCGAACAACCGGCAAUUGUUUCUGGGAACGAAAAAGAAAAGAGAACAAAAGGAAGAAGCUCUCUGGAAUUUUCUUUCCUUUGAGGACCGGGAAUCCCACCACCUCGGGACCGCCCUGGUCAAGUCUCCGACGAGGUAAAGUGAACGCCGUUGGUCGACGUUUGUAUUGAGUUUUGCUGAAAUAUAGAUAUGGCGGAAGAGCAUAGAUGCCUGGAGCAGAAGCUGUGCGUGAACAACUGCGGAUUCUUUGGGAGCCCGACGACGCAAAACUUGUGCUCCAAGUGCUACCGUGAUCUGCAGCACAAGGAGCAGCAAGCCCUCUCUCUCAAUCAAACCUUCAUCUCCACCUCCGCCGCGGCUUCGGCUUCAUCGACCUCUCAGCCUUCCUCUUCUUCGUCGUCGUCUUCAGCUUUCUAUCCUUCGUCUCCGGUUUCUGUUUCUUCGCCGCAGAAUGAGCGCGUGGUUGUGGAUACGAAGAUAGAGGAGGGGAAGAAACAAGAGGUUGUGCCCGCGGUAGAAGGGGCGGCGGCGAACAAGCCGAACAGGUGCACGACGUGCAGGCGGCGCGUGGGGUUGACUGGGUUUAAGUGCCGGUGCGGGAUGACGUUCUGCGGGACGCACAGGUAUCCUGAGCAGCACGCGUGCGGGUUCGACUUUAGGAGCAUGGGGAAGGAGCAGAUCGCUAAGGCCAAUCCGGUCAUCAAGGGCGAGAAGCUGCAGAAGAUAUGACCCGGCUGCCGCCGGUGAGGGGUGUAAGGGUCAUUUACUAUUUCACUUUCGUGGUUUGGUUGUUGUGGUUGGUUGAGUGGUCGGUCGGGCGGUAUUGCCUUGUCUUUGUAAAUUUCGUGUUGAUGAUAAGUUAAUUUAUUGUCUUAAUUAUGUUC